AUGAUGAAAGGCUUAGAUUCAUUCUGCAACAACACAGUCUACCCUUAUGCGUAUAACCUGACUUCCUCCUACGCCAACCAGAAAAAUGAGGGCACCAUGGUGGCCACCUCUGUUCUCAUGUUCAUUCUUGCCGCGCUCUUCUUCAACCUCAACCUCUUCAGCCGCUUCUCCGACGUGAGUGCCAUCCUCAACCCCAGCGUCCGUCUCUUCCUCUCUACCUCGCUUUCCCUCUUCCUCCCAGUCAUGUCCUACCUCUUUUCCGAGACCAAGAACGAAGGUGCCACCAUUGCUACUAAUAGUAGUACCAAUAGCUCCAGUUACGGUCAGCUUGGUGACGAGCUGUCGCUGCGAGCAAGGACCAUCCUGAUGUGGAUGCUUCUUGUGGAGCUCCUCCGCAAGAAGGUGGAGGUGAUCCUGGUGAACGUGGGCAUGCAGGUGUACUCAGGCACCAUCGAUCGCUUUGCCCGCAUCGUUUGGCUGGGCUACCUCGUCUUCUACAACGUCAAAAGCGCAGGCAAGAAGGCAAUCUACGGCACCUUAUGGGUCCUUGCUGCUGCCAAGCUGCUGCAGCGGGUCGUCGUCAACGAGCUGUUCAAGCGUUCCUUCGCCUAUGGCAGGAACGCCCAGCUGCUAAACUCGUACAUGGCCCAGGUCAUGCAACAACAGCAAGGGCAGGCCGGGAAUGUCCAGGAGCUGGGGUCGGAGCUGCUGAAGAUGUGCAAGUACACCGUGAUGGGAGAAGACAACUUGGGGAAGGAAGCAGGUCCCCAUGGCUACCAAGUCGAUCUGAAGAAGACGACUACCGCAGACACCGCCGGCACUGGCUCCACCAUUGUCACGGUUGGUGACAUUUGGAAGCUCGUAGCUAGCGAGGAGGACGGUCUUCUCCAGAAAGACCCAAGACUCAGAAGGCUCUGCCUCUCCUUUGCUCUCUACAAGCUGCUGCGCCGUAGGUUUGAGGACAUCCCCAUCACCAGCGAGGAGACCCACAAUUGUCGGGACCUCAUCUUCCAAGGUUUGUACCAGGAGAAGCUGCCUAAGGAUGAGGAGGAGCAAGACGCGGAGGUUGCACUGCUCCAAGUCUUCAACGACGAGAUCCAAUUCAUCUGCGAGUACUACCACUCCGUUCUACCGGUCGUGUUCUCCAACCCUUUCUUCUUCCUAGCCAACUACAUCUUGUUUCCAAUUGUAGUUUGGGCCUUCUGCUUCUUGACUUUCAUUGCCUGUGGCAAUGGGAACGUGCUCUAUGCCUACCAUAGCAUCACGAGUGACAACUACAUCAUCUAUACCGGUGCACCAACACUGGUCAAAUGCCUCCUGAAAAGCAUCACCCAUUCACCGGAGGUGCUAUUCGCCAGUGUCGACCUAGGCACCACCACUCUGCUUAUACUCACCUUCAUCUACGAGGAAGUCUGGGAGUUCCUCGUCUUCAUCCUAUCCAACUGGCUCAUUGUGUCGCUACUCUGUGAGUACACCGCUAAGCGCCCCUGGCGUGAGAAUAGCAUCGUAAGCGGGCUCAUGCGCCGCAUCCUAUGGGCGCGAAGUAAGCUAAGCCACCCUAACCUCUGCUUCAAGCAAUUCUCCGUGCUAGGGUUCUGCCCACUGUCGUCGCUUUCCUCCUUCACAAUGCCUACCAAGGCAGUGCCCAAGGAAGUAAAGAAGUCCAUCGUGGAAUACGUGGUGGCUCACAUGGAUGACUAUGACAUUGAUGGCCACGCUGACCCUCUCAAUAGUGGUUGGUCAACACUGCAGUUGAACAAGCACAGGGCAUACCAACCCUUGCUCUCGUCGGUUUGUGAGAGCAAGAGCAUCGCCGAGUUCAUCCUCACCUGUCACAUUGCCACUGGCCUCUUGGAGAUGACGUAUCCGCAGAAGGAGAAAGAGAUGGGGCAUCAUCGUAAGGUGGCAACGACACUGUCCAAGUACUGCGCUUACUUGGUGGGCUUUUCCCCAGAGCUGCUCCCUGAAGACAAGGAUGGGACAGAGCAUGCUUACAACGACAUGAAGAAGGAGUUGAAGAAGGAGCUUGGUGGUUGUUGGCGGUACCACUUAUCACUGCGAGGAACCAGGUACAAGAGGCUCACGGAGAUCGGCGAAUCACAGCAACAGGCGGUGACGGUGGUGCAGAAGGGGGGUAAGUUGGGUAAGGCUUUGAUUGAGAAGGCCAAAGAAAAUGACACGGGUGAGUUUGUGUGGGAGCUUCUGGCCGAUCUAUGGACGGAGCUCAUGGUGUACAUUGCACCGUCGGGCGGCGAGUUGCACGUGAAGGCCCACAAGGAGUCACUCGCGCAUGGCGGCGAGUUCAUCACCGUGCUAUGGGCACUGUGCACACAUACUGGCAUAACCAGGCUAGCCCUUGCACCCAGGGAGGCAGCACAUGGUUCAUUUGAACCGUAG